GGUUGGGGAAAGGGAAACAAACCGCUGCCUUACAGUGAGCCUGCGUGUCCCGGAGCCAGCUCCCCCAAAGCACAUGCCAUUUCUGGCCCUUGAAGGGGUUAAAGGCCUCCUGGAGUCAAAAACAAGCAGGUGUCCCACCGUGCCAGAUACGCCGCCUAAACUGCUUCCAGCUUUUUUUUUUUCCCCUUCUGCAACAAGUCUGUGAUCGGCCACGGGACAGAGGAGCCAGCAGCCUGCCUGUGACAGGCAUCAGGUUAGCUCGCUCCCACUCGGGUGGUGCCCAGGGUACAAAUCCAGGCCGGGCCCCUGCUGGGGCUCCUCUCCCCGCACACUCAGGAGAGGGGAUCUCCCUGCAAAACCGUUCUUUUAUCUGAAGCCGCACGGCCCAGCGGGCUCCACUGACUCGGUGGAGGCGGCCGCGGCCCUACCAGCAGCAAGGAGGCCCGCCAGCGGGGCGGUGAGGGCAGGUGUCCGCACCCCCGGAGGAGGAGAAGGCCCUUGUGGGCCCCAGCCCCUGGCAGCGCUGCAGGGGAGAUCUCUGGCCGCUGCAGACUGCACCAUGUGGGCCCGGGGGUGCCACCCGUUCCGGUCCCGUUGGGGGCAGGUGGCAGUGCUGCUGCUGCUGCUCAAGGUGCCCCUGAGAGGCCUGGCACUGCCGCCCGUCCGCUAUUCCCACGCUGGCAUCUGCCCCAACGACAUGAACCCCAACCUCUGGGUGGAUGCCCAGAGCACCUGCAAGCGGGAGUGUGAGACGGACCAGGAGUGUGAGACCUACGAGAAGUGCUGCCCCAACGUGUGUGGGACCAGGAGCUGUGUGGCAGCCCGCUACAUGGACGUGAAAGGAAAGAAGGGCCCGGUGGGCAUGCCCAAGGAGGCCACGUGCGACCACUUCAUGUGCCUGCAGCAGGGCUCCGAGUGCGACAUCUGGGACGGCCAGCCCGUGUGUAAGUGCAAGGAUCGCUGUGAGAAGGAGCCCAGCUUUACCUGCGCCUCCGACGGCCUCACCUACUACAACCGCUGCUACAUGGAUGCCGAGGCCUGCUCCAAGGGCAUCACGCUGGUCGUGGUCACCUGCCGCUACCACUUCACCUGGCCCAACACCAGCCCCUCGCCGCCGGAGACCACCGUGCAUCCCACCACGGUUUCCCCGGAGACCCCCGGGCUGGACAUGGCGGCCCCGGCUCUGCUCACCCACCCCGUGCACCAGUCGGUUAGGGUGGGGGAGACAGUGAGUUUCCUCUGUGAGGUGGUGGGCCGGCCCCGGCCCGACAUCACCUGGGAGAAGCAGCUGGAGGACCGAGAGAACGUGGUCAUGAAACCCAACCACGUGCGCGGCAACGUGGUGGUCACCAACAUCGCCCAGCUGGUCAUUUACAACGCCCAGCUCCAGGACGCUGGCAUCUACACCUGCACGGCCCGGAAUGCUGCCGGCGUCCUGCGCGCCGACUUCCCGCUGUCGGUGGUCAGGGGCGGGCAGGCUGCGGCCACCGCGGACAGCGGCCCCAACAGCACGGCCUUCCCCGCCGCCGAGUGCCUGAAGCCGCCCGACAGCGAGGACUGCGGCGAGGAGCAGACCCGCUGGCACUUCGACGCCCAAGCCAACAACUGCCUCACCUUCACCUUUGGCCAUUGCCACCGCAACCGCAACCACUUCGAGACCUACGAGGCCUGCAUGCUGGCCUGCAUGAGCGGGCCGCUGGCCGUGUGCAGCCUGCCCGCCCUGCAGGGGCCCUGCAAGGCCUACGCGCCGCGCUGGGCCUACAACAUCCAGGCGGGCCAGUGCCAGUCCUUCGUCUACGGCGGCUGCGAGGGCAACGGGAACAACUUUGAGAGCCGGGAGGCCUGCGAGGAGUCCUGCCCCUUCCCCUGGGGGAGCCAGCGCUGCCAGGCCUGCAAGCCGAGGCAGAAGCUCGUGACCAGCUUCUGUCGCAGCGACUUUGUCAUCUUGGGCCGAGUCUCGGAGCUGACGGAGGAGCCCGACUCGGGCCGCGCCCUGGUGACCGUGGACGAGGUCCUGAAGGAUGAGAAGAUGGGCCUCAAGUUCCUGGGCCGGGAGCCGCUGGAGGUCACUCUGCUCCACGUGGACUGGACCUGCCCCUGCCCCAACGUGACGGUGGGCGAGACGCCACUCAUCAUCAUGGGGGAGGUCGACGGCGGCAUGGCCAUGCUGCGGCCUGAGAGCUUCGUGGGGGCGUCCAGCACCAGGCGGGUCAGGAAGCUGCGUGAGGUCAUGCACAAGAAGACCUGCGAGGUCCUCAAGGAGUUCCUGGGCUCACACUGAAGCCCCCCCUCUCCUGACCCCUCCCUGGCCCUCUCCCACCCACCCACCCUGACGCCUCUCCGAGAACUGGGCAAGGUCACAUUCGAUGGUCUUAGGCCAGCAGAGGAAUAUCUAUCAAAGGGUCUUAGAUCAACGUCUGUUCUUUGGGCUCAGUAAGGGGUUCAUCUCUUCUUUAGCUGAGGGCGACAAAAGAGGUCAGUAAACACUUGUCAGUUAUCCCUGAUGACCAAGCCGCUUGGGCGCUGCUAUCCUCUCCUUGCUGGCCACCCCUGCCCCUGGCUCUCCCAGCCGCCCUACCACCAGCCAGCCUC